UAGAGCAACUAUGGAAACAAAAAUAAAAAAAUAACCAAAAAAGAUUCCGAAUAAAACGCAGAGUCAGUGGCGCAUAAACAAAAAAAAAAAAAAACGAAACGCGGGAGACAUUUCGCGAAUCGUUCACCUACUCAUAACUCAGUAACAGAUCUGUAGAGUGUAAUCUAAUUCUGAAUCAGCUAUGGUUUCUUCUCACAAGCUCAAAUCCGUCGAUUUUUACAGGAAAAUUCCAAGAGAUUUGACCGAGGCAUCAUUAUCUGGUGCAGGAUUAUCAAUUAUAGCAGCUUUAUCCAUGGUUUUUUUAUUUGGCAUGGAAUUGAAUAAUUAUUUAGCAGUCAGCACUUCUACAUCUGUUAUUGUUGAUAAGAGUUCUGAUGGGGAUUUUCUACGGAUGGAUUUUAAUCUAAGCUUUCCUUCUCUUUCAUGCGAAUUUGCAUCAGUUGAUGUCAGCGACGUGUUGGGAACUAACAGAGUGAAUAUAAGCAAAACAAUCCGCAAAUUUUCGAUCGAUCAUCAUUUAAAUCCUACAGGCUCUGAGUUUCACACAGGACCAAUUAUGCAUCACAUUAAGCAUGGAGAUGAGUUUGAAGGAGAUGUUUCUGAUGGAGCUGUGUCGCUUAACUCUCGUAAUUUUGAUCAUUAUGCUCAUCAGUAUCCUAUUUUGGUUGUCAACUUCUUUGCUCCUUGGUGCUACUGGAGUAAUCGUCUGAAACCUUCAUGGGAAAGUGCUGCUAAAAUAAUUAGAGAAAGAUAUGAUCCAGAAAUGGACGGGCGUAUUAUUAUGGCAAAUGUUGACUGCACUUCUGAAGCUGACUUGUGUAAGAGGAAUCACAUACAGGGAUAUCCCUCCAUUCGCAUAUUCCGUAAAGGAAGUGAUCUUAAGGAUGACCAUGGACACCAUGAUCAUGAAUCUUAUUAUGGAGAUCGCGAUACAGAUAGCCUGGUUAAGACAAUGGAAAGUUUGGUUGCACCUAUCCAGGUGGAAUCUCAUAAACCUGAAAACGCGACAGAGAGUACAAAAAGACCAGCACCUUUGACAGGAGGAUGCAGAAUUGAAGGAUAUGUGCGUGUUAAGAAGGUGCCAGGAAACCUCAUUAUUUCAGCUCGUUCAGGGGCGCAUUCAUUUGAUCCUUCACAAAUGAACCUGUCACAUGUCAUUUCCCAUCUUUCAUUUGGCAUGAAGGCUUUACCCAAUGUGAUGAUUGAGGCAAAGCGACUGAUACCUUAUAUUGGGGGAAGUCAUGACAAGUUGAACGGGCGGUCAUUCAUAAAUCAUCGCGAUGUGGAUGCCAAUGUUACUAUUGAGCAUUACCUUCAAGUGGUUAAAACAGAGGUGAUUACAAGACGAUCUUCUCGCGAAGUUAAGUUACUCGACCAGUACGAAUACACAGCUCACAGUAGUUUGGUGCAGAGUGUGUACAUACCUGUUGCAAAAUUCCAUUUUGAGCUCUCUCCAAUGCAGGUCCUCAUUACAGAAAAUCCCAAGUCCUUCUCUCAUUUUAUCACCAAUGUAUGCGCCAUAAUUGGAGGUGUUUUUACGGUUGCAGGGAUAUUGGAUUCAAUUUUUCACCAGACACUAACGAUGAUGAAAAAAAUCGAGUUAGGGAAGAAUUUUUGAUAGGAAGAUAAAAUUUGUAGAUGUAUAAAAAAUUUAAAAUGUUUUAAUACUCCAUCUGUUAUUGAGGAUUAGUAAAAACAGUUGCAAUUUUUCUUA